CUUAUUUGAAAUCGCGACAUGGUUAUUGAUGGAUGGGUCGCAUUAAUUAGUAUUGCCCCCUAGCUCAUCCCACAGCCAUAUAUCUGGUAUUAAAAGUUGCAUUAUGCGUUAUGGUCAUACUGUAAGCAGGAUAAAUUGGAGCGUCGGUGGCGAGUCACACUGACAAUUCUGGCGUGCUUCAUAGCGUUAAGAACCUAGGCGAAAUGACCUCCUGGCGCAAUAAGAAACGUUUGUGGAAGAAAAUUUUGGCCAGAUUGGCCCGUCAAUUGCCGGCAACACCAUCUGAGUCAAAUGAAGUAUUAAAAAGGUCUAAUUUGAGCUGGAAAGACAAGUACUUCAACCAGGUUAGAGCUGCCGCUCUACGCGCCAAGGCACGCCAAGAGGCAGCAAAGAAAACUACCGUAGAUGCCAAUGCUGCGGCCGUAAACGUUCCGAAGCCCGAAGAAAAACCCAGAAGAAUAACCAGGAGCAUGACCAAGAAGCUAUCUCUCGACAAGCCCAAACAUGUAUAGAACGAUGUGAAAUGUUCGUUUACCUUUAUGCGUAAAAUAAAGAACCCACACACAUACA